CAUUAUGCAUCAUGCCGAUUGGAGCGAACCGGGCGGACUCGUGCAGCCCAGCGCGAACACUUCAGAGGGGAACACAGCAGUUGCAACGAGUCUGACGGCAGUACCUCGGGGUUAGCAGUCAUGGAGGGAGCGUCAUUUUUCGCCGAUGCAAUUCUAACCGCUGAUCGCUGCACAGAUGCCCCACGGGAACCACGGGAGGUGCAGCUGGUUCCGCUUGUGCGCAACCGCGAACAGCUCACCAGCAGCAACGACGAAGGAGAAGACCGACUCAUCCAGGACUUCGGUCCAGGUCGACGCGUUCAUGAAGCCGAGGAUAUGGAUGCAGUUGGAGCAGCGGGGUGGGGCACCGGCUGUUUCGAUCCUUCUGUGAAGAACUUGCAUCGAUACGCUGCUGCUGUUGGCGACCAUGGUCGGCCCGUUGUGUUCGAUCCGACGGAGAUGGCUCGACUGUUGCAGGCAAGUGGAAGCGGCAUAGACUCUCUGUGGAGAAUGGAGGAGUUGAUCGAAACGACUCUCGAACGGGGAACGCCUGGAGGCGAGACACUCUUGAUACUAAAAGCGGUGACCGACGCGUUCUUCGUCGCGUCACGAGCUGUCGACGAUGGUUCCGCCGACGUUCGGAGUAACGGCGGGGCGUUUAACGGGGACAACGAGCGGGACCUUCUUGUACCAGCGUUGAGACAAGCCUGGGAGCACGCCGUGCGGCAUAGGAACGGCAACCCUAACGAGUGGCAUUCCUCAGUGGAUUUUCACGUAACGGCAGCCUGGUUUCAGGCUUGGGAGGCCUCGUAUCAGGUUGAGGACGUGUUGCCUGCGGACUGGACUUGGGUGCUGGAACAGCUGGAAUCGCAGGAAACUUCGGAAGGUCCCCACAUAGAGGGAGAGCUGGAGCUGGAAGCGGUCGAGGAGCUGCAGCUGGGGCUACCCCCAGAGAACUGGUCGCUCAAUGAUGUCAAGAGGUCUUUGCUGCUCGUGAGCGACGAGAGCUGGUUUCGAGAGGGACAAGCGAUGGUGGACCUCAGAUUGUUCGGCCCAACUCGCGAGAGUACUUUCAGGAGGGUGUUCUUCGACGUGCCCGGAGCUGUUGAUGGCUGUCUCAAGGACCGAGCCGGGGUAGCCUUGAUCCCGCCAACGUUUAGAAUGUACACGGCGGGCGACAUUUUCGAUGCUUUCGGGGACGAUGCCGUGGUGAGGUCUCGAGACAUUGCCAGUGGAGAAACUUUGAGGGGAACAGCGCUCGAAGAGGUCGAGGGCAGCAGCAGCGACGACUCUAGCAGCACCGCUAGCGACAUCUCCGGGAGUGCAGCGACCGGCCCGCGGCGGGAGAUAUCUAUUGCAGAAAUCCAGGUUACCUGGGUGGAUGGAUACACGCAUGUGCUGGGCUGGCUGGACUCUAAUGUGGUGUCCUGA